AUCCUACCACAAUCAAGGUAGCAAAUCCACAAAAAUUUAAGGUGUGCGGGAUGGUGUUAAACAACCCAAUUCCACUUUAUGACUAUCGGCCCUCGGUGACCGGGUACUUGCUGGAAAUGGACACUGCUGAAACGGUAUCUAGUGCAGUUCAGGUUGAUCUGCUUCAUCAUCCCGAAGAAAGCAAUAAGCACACUUCUGUCAUGUGGGAAAUAUUAAAACAAUUUCACACACUUACGUUUAUGGAGGUGACACCGACUCGCGCAUGUCUUCCAUUUCACGUUUUGUCGGUAGAACGUCUGGCACGAGCAUUUGUGGGCGCACCAAC